UAUUCUACAAAAUGCCACCAUUUAAAGCUGGUUUGCUGAAAAGAAAAAUAGACGCAAAGGAGUCUAAGAAAACAGUUGCCAAAGAUUCUUCAGAAGACGAGGGAAGUGAUUCUGGAGCUAUCGAGGAUCUGAUCCGUGGUGAUUUGAAUGGUACAGACGACGCUACAGACUCUGAACAGGAUGGAGAAGGCGAUAACUCUGAUGCGGAACAAGAUGAGGUACUGUUUGAUGACGAUGCUGACUCCACUUUUGGGGAUGAAGAGCAGCCAGAAGAUGCUUCAGACGCAUCAUCAGAGCUUACUGACUCAGAAGCUGAUGAUGAAUCUGGUGAUGAUGAUAAUAAUGAUAGUGAUAAGGAUAAUGAAGCAUCACAGAGUGAAGAAGACAGUGGUGCAGAGUCCGGCAUCGGACAAACACACUCCGGAUCCAGUGAUGAGUCAGAUAAAGAAGUCAACCAAAAAGUGAAAAAGAAAACUAAACAGAAAGAGACAAAACAGCAGAAAGGGAAGGAAAGUCAAGUGAAAGGGAAGGAAGUAAAAGGAAAAACUAAGGAUAGUGUGGAUAUGUUAGCUGAUAAAAUUAAGGAAACUAGCGUUAAGAUGCAACCGGUAGCACAAAAAGAUGAAUACGAAUCAGGAGACACGUCAGACGAGGAAGAGAGGCGCAACACAGUCGGUGACAUCCCAAUGUGGUGGUACAAUGAGUACCAACAUGUUGGCUAUGAUUUGGACGGACGGAAAAUCAUCAAGCCACCCCAGAGAGAUCAGAUUGACGAGUUCCUUAAAAAAUGCGAAGACCCCGACUUCUGGCGAACAGUCCGGGACCCCAGCACCGGACAGGAUGUGAUCCUCAGCAAGCAGGACCUGGAGCUGAUCUCCCGCAUCCGCCAGGGCCAAGUGCCCAAUGCUGACCAUGAUGAGUAUGAGCCAUGGGUAGAAUGGUUCUCACGAGAAGUCCUAGCAACGCCAAUUCGCGCGUUCCCCGAACACAAGCGAUCGUUCCUGCCAUCGCGAGAGGAACAGAAACAUAUCUCCAAGAUAGUGCACGCUUUGAAGAUGGGAUGGACCAAAACGAGACGAGAGAUCGCUAUGGAGCGGAAGAAGAAACGGGUAAAGCAAUUCUACAACCUCUGGGGCUCGACUACCGAAGACGAGAACAUCCGAGGCAUCCACAAACACAUCCCGGCGCCGAAGCGCGCUCUGCCGUCGCACGCGGAAAGCUACAACCCACCGCCGGAGUACUUGCUUGAUGCUAAAGAGAUGAAAGAAUGGAACAAGCUGGCAGAAACUCCCUGGAAGCGCAAGUACACCUUCUUGCCAACGAAGCAUGAUAACCUGCGGUCUGUGGCUGCCUACCCCCGGUUCAUACGCGAGCGGUUCCUUAGGUGCCUUGACUUGUAUCUGGCGCCUCGUGCCAUUCACAUGAGGCUAACAAUCAGCCCAGAAGACCUGGUCCCCAAACUGCCAUCACGAGAGCUUCAACCGUUCCCCACACACGAAGCCCUAAUGUUCAAGGGCCACACUGGUCUAGUCCGGAGUGUAGACUUCGAUCCUACAGGGCAGUACGCUGUGUCGGGCAGCGAUGAUGGAACUGUCAAGAUCUGGGAGACCAGUACGGGCCGCUGCCUCCGCACGAUUCCCCUCCCCUUGGCCGUGGCGCGCGUGGCCUGGACGCCCGCCGCCGGCCUCAGCCUCGUGGCGGCCGCCGUGGGCAACCGGCUCCUCCUGCUCAACCCGGGACAGGAUAUCGGAGCGCACAAGGUCGCUGCCAGAACUGAUGAGUUGCUUGAGGAACCGCCCCCGCAGCAUGAUGUUGUCAUGGACGAGCGCACAACCACAGCGAUACAGUGGGAGAAGGUGAAACCUGAAGAAUGGGCAAUUGGCGUCCGUGUCGCCGUCACGCAUUUCAAGCCCGUCAUACACCUCGCCUGGCACGGCAAAGGCGAUUACAUCUGCGUGACGCUACAAGAUGGCGCCAGUCGCGCGGUGGUCGUGCACCAGCUGUCGCGGCGGAGGAGUCAGCUGCCGUUCUCCAAGGCGAAGGGCUUGGUGCAGUGCGCGCUGUUCCAUCCGGUCACGCCGAGGCUGUUUGUUGCUACCCAGCGUGUGGUUAGAAUUUAUGACCUGGUGAAACAAGAGUUGAUAAAGAAACUCCUGACUGGAGCGCAGUGGGUCAGCUCGAUGGCCGUGCAUCCCGCUGGGGACAACUUGCUGGUCUCGUCGUACGAUAGGAAAUGCAUGUGGUUUGACCUGGAGUUGUCGUCCAAGCCGUACCAGACCCUCCGGCUGCACGGCGGCGCCGUCCGCGCCGUGGCGUUCCACCGCCGCUACCCACUGUUCGCGAGCGCUGGCGACGACAACAACAUCGUCGUGUCGCACGGCAUGGUUUACAAUGACCUGCUACAAAAUCCGCUUCUGGUGCCGCUCAAACAGCUCCGUGGCCCCGAAAAGCGGGAGGACCUGUGUGUGCUGGACAUCCGCUUCCAUCCAACGCAGCCCUGGCUACUUGCUGCGGGUGCUGACUCCACUCUACGAUUAUAUACAUGAAUAUACGCUAUUUUAAUAGUCAAUAAAAGUCAA